UCCCUGCCCCUGGCCGAGCUGCUGCCCAACCAGUGCUUCAACCCAGCUCUGGGUGUGUUUCCUCUUGAGUAAACACAGGAGGUUCCCCAACACCUUUCCUGCAGGUCCCCACCUGCUCUCCGGCACGGCGUUCGGCUCCCAGCGCCACAGCAGCUCCCGGGAAAUGCGUUUCCUUCCCCGCCUCGGCAUCUCGGCUGCCCUGGGCAUCGCCGCCUUCCUCAGCUGGAGGCUGCUUCUCCGGAGCCCGGCCACCGGCCAAGGAGGUGACCUGGUCCCCAAGGCAGAGGAGGGCUUCACUUUGACGCUGGACACCUUCCUGCACGUUCAGCAGCUCAGGAAGAAGAGACUGAGAGCUUUCUGCGGACGAUCAGGCAAAGUCACCACGCUGCCAAGGAGCCGGGAGGAGAGAACCCGCCUGCUCUCCAGUUUGAGGGUGAGCACCAAGCUGGACCUCCUCUACUGCCAAGCGCCAUCGACAGGGAUCGAGGAAUGGCAGCAGCUUUUGAAGAAGCUAGAGGAGAAGGAAAACAUGACGCUCCCGGUGCUGCUUCCCUACCCUCAGCGGCGUGCUCUGGAGAUGCAGCUGGGUGAGUUCAACCUGACGGAGAUCGAGGCCAUGUUGGGCUCCUACACCAAAGUGCUGUUUGUCAGGGACCCUUUCCAGAGGCUGAUCUCCGCCUUCAUGCAGGGCAUGGGAAGCAGCCCUUCCUUCAGCAGCUUCGUGCAGGACGUUUUAGAUGGUGGACAGCACAACGCCAGCGUGACUUGGAAACCACUUGUCAGCCUCUGCCGGCCCUGUCUCGUCCAGUAUGACUACGUGGUGGUGUUUGGCUUCCUCAGGCAGGAGCUGGGUCACCUGCUGCGGCAAGCCGGGCUGCCAGCACACAUCCUCCUCCCCAAGUUCACCGACACCCAGGUGCGGUGGACCUACAGCUGGUUAUCAGAGCAGAUGUUCAGCGAGCUGUCCCUCCAUCAGAAGAAGCAACUGUCUCGUUUCUACCGCUGGGACCUUUCUGCUUUCCCAUUUUCUAGCAGUUUGCUGACAGGCCUCCUCAACGCCACAGAGACCUAGGAGAAAUAACCCAGCUUGGAGGGACAGUUUUUGAGAGUAUUAAUCCAAACCCAAGUGCUUCAAGAUACCAGCUGGGUCACAGGCCCUUGUUCCACAGCUGCACAUUGCUCUUGUCCUUGUCACAGCUCCAAAAGGCGCAUCAGAGAGCCAAGACAGACACCUGCCAGGGACAGGGUAUCCAGGCUCUUCACGUGGCUGAAGUGCCUUUAAAUGCUGCAGGAGCCGGCACUAGAGAAACGCAUGGCACUGGGGCUUGGAAAACUGCAUGAACUGAACUGUGGUGGGGUAAAUGGCUCUCGGCAAACCUAGUGUUUUGGGGUGGGUUGGGUUGGAUCUGCUGCAAAUCACACCAGCAUCCUCACAUGUGCUGCCUGCGCUGCUGUUUCAUGUUGUGGGCUGCCUUUUGAGCCAAGAGGUUCAGCAAUGGCUUCUUCAUGACAAACCUCCCCAUGCAGAUACAAGAAGCCCUCCCAAAGAAGCAUGUCAUCUGAUGCCUGUCUACUCGGCACAAGUAGGUGCGGUAUGACACAGGGUGGCACAGCCUCAUAGGGAACCACUGGUGAUGUUCCCCAUUCUUUGUGCUCCAGGAAGGCCCAUCUUUUAGUCAUAUCUGUUCUGUGUUAACUGUUCCUGUUUUAUGACCCUGCAUCUCCUGCAACAUUUAGGCUAAAGAGGGACCCAGGGACGUGACAUGAUGCUUGCUCCAUUUGCAGGUUUGGAGUGAGGUUCCCGCCUUUAGAGGCUGACUCAAAUGGGCCAAGCCUAGAUUUCACCUGUACUCGCGAGCCCUGAGACGAGGAUAUGGCAGUCUCCACAAUGUACCAGCCACGUCAUGCAGCCAGCCAGACUUCCACCUUGUCUCAGCAGCAGGUGGGCCCAGUGGAGGUGGCUAGAAGCAUCAGGACGCACCACUGUGCUGCUAUGGAAAACACGACGCAGCUACUGUAAGCUCCUCCUGGCAGAGAGCUGCCAGGGACUCUGCUUUCUUUCGGACUUGGCUGCCAGUGUGGCCAGGCGGAGGCCCAGGUCCUCCAGCUGUGUCCGGCUGGGUAGCCUGG